AUGUCAGGCCGUACAUUCAUGUUGCUCCUAGCGCUGGUCCUCGUAGGUGUCCCGUCCUGCCUAGCGGCACCGGACCAAGGGUACGACGCGUCGUUCAGCCGGCACUUCCGGCUCAAGUCCUUCUGCAACGGCACAGACUACUGCAAAAUCGGGCCGGACGGCACCGUCUCGCUCACUGCCGCCCAGAACAAGAUGGGAGCAUUCGAGUCGAAGAGCUACUUCCAGUACGGCAUUUUCGAGGUGAAGAUGAAGCUGCCGCCGGGGUACUCGGGCGGGCUGAUCCCGUGCAUCUACCUCAUCUCGGGCGAAGGGCUGGGCUACCGCGACAUUCACGACGAAAUGGACUUUGAGUUCCUCGGGUGGAGCGACCCCAUGCAGAUUAAAAUUCACACCAACGCCAUUGCGGGCGGGUAUACCAACGUCGAACAGUUCAGGUUCGCGUUUGACCCAUCUGCGGACUUCCACACGUACACCAUGGUCUACGCGCCCAACUGGCUCGUGUGGAAGAUCGACGGCAAGCCCAUCCGCAUCACGUGGCGCGAAUCGGGCAAGCCCUUUCCCUCGCUCCCCAUGAGAGUUAUGGGGUCGAUAUGGGACGCGUCCUUUUGGUUGCCGUACAAGAGCGACUACUCCAAGGGCAACGUGACGGUCAAGUUCCGCCGCUUCGACCUCAAGGACGCCUGCCGCGCCGUAGAUCCCAAGGUCGAGCCCGCUUGCGCCUUCCGCAAGGAUGCGCGCAAAGGCGCGUGGCUGACGCGGCCAACACGGAAUGACAUCGCACGCGCCAAGCGACACAGAACGCUCGCCAACGCGGCGGAUGGGGCGGAGGAGGCGGAGAGGGGCGGGGCGGUGGCGCACCACUCUGUGUGGCGCACCCAUGGGGCGGCGAGGGUCGCGGAGGGGGGCGGGCAAGUGGCAGAAGCGGAGAGGAAUGAUGAGGAGGUGCGAGGGAGUGAUUGGAGGGGGGGCGAUGGGCGGGCAGGCGAUGGGCGGGCAGGCGUGUCUGGUGCUGCAGUGGCAGCGGGUGAGAUGAGGGGCGCAGACGGUGAUGCGGAGGGGGGUAGUCGGAGUGGUGGGUCUGAGCACCAGGGGGAGAGAGCAAGGGUUGGCGAGAGAGUGGGGCAUGCGCGAGCAGGCGAGGGCGGCGAGCGGGGGACAGGGGGCACGCCACGCGCGUGGCACCACGCGCUGCUGCACGGCCACCCGCCCACACGCGCGCCUCCCCCUCCGCAUCCCCUUCCCCCUCGCCCUCCCCCUCCUCCCCCGCUACUGCUGGCGCGCACUGCUGUGGCGGAGGGUGGUGGGCAUAUGGGAGGGGAAGUGGGGCUGGGCGGGAGAGGGGACACAGGAGAGGGAAUGGACUUUCCCCCACGCCAUGCGCGGAUGCACGCGCACGAGGUGGCGCGUGGGGCGCCCCCCGCCUCACUGCUGCCGCUCUCUUCCGCCGCCAGAGAUGGGGGGGGAGGAGGGAGCACAGGCACGCCGCUGCCCCAUGCGCCACUGCACGAGCGUGUAUCCGCGGGUGAGGGUCCUCCUCUCCCCAUUGAACUCUCUGCCAGUGCUGAGGGUGACGGUGAUGGGGGCUUGGGAAGGGGGGGAGGAGAGGCGGGGAAAGGGGAAGGAGUUGCUGGGCUGGUUGCAAGGCCAGGAGGGCAGGGAGGGAGAGGGGAUCGAAAUGGAGGAGGGGGAGGGGGCGAAGAGGGAAGGAGCAGUACUUGGGUGCACCACGAGCGGAUGCAUCAUGAGCGGUUGCAGGGGGGUGCUAGUAAGGAGGAGCAGCAGCAGCAGGCAGGGGAGGGGGUCAGUGCGUCGGAUGAUGCGAUGAGUGAGGGUGGGGGACCUGCGGAGGGGGCGGGGCCCGGGAGGUGGCAUGUGCAUGGUGCAGCGCAGCACGAUGGUAGUCACGGUGAUGCUCCCAUGGGCGCCGGGUUGCACUUGCACCCCAGUCCUCACACACAGCCGGUGCAGCCGAUGCAGCACAUGCAACACGCACAGCACACACAGCAGGAUCCGCAGGUGCAGCAGGAGCAGCACACACAGCAGCAGCAGCAGCAGGAGCAGGGCGGGGCAGGGGCAAGAGGGGUGCAGGUGGCAGAGGAGAGGGACGUGAGGAUGCGAGACGGCCAUCACAGCUCAUUCCAUGUGAGCCACAGCAGCAAUGCUGAUGUUGCUUUUGAGAAUUUCCAAAAGCAAGGAGCAUGGGAGCAACACCAACAUCGCACCGCAUUCCAUGGGAGCCACGACAGCACAGAGCAUGGGAAGGAUGACGGCAGUCAGCAGUACGCGCAGGGUGAAGGCGGCACACAGCUGGGCGCUGGCGGCGUGGCAUGGGGUACGGAUUUUGUGAGUGGGAGGGAGGAGAGGCGAGGUGAGGGGAGGGGGAGCGGGCGAGUGCAUGUGCAUGGUGAGAGGGCGCCGAGUGAGGAGGUGCAGGAGGGGAGGGCGGAAGGGGCAGUCGAGGCAAGGGCUGAGGGUGGGGAUGAAGACACGAGUUGGAUUAUGCACGAGGGGCAGCAGCACCGACCAGCACUGCACUCACGGCCAACGGUGACUUUGGAGACGCCUCAAAAGGCGGAAGGGGCUGAGGGCGGGGAUGAAAACAUGAGCUCGGUUCUGCAUGAGGGGCAGCAGCACCGACCAGCACUGCACACGCGGCCAACAGUGCUGCGGCAGGGCGUGGAUGGGCAUAGGGAGGCGGAGGGGGCAGCAGAGGCAAUGACUGGGGACGUGGAUGAAGACAUGCAUGGGCUGGAGCAAGAGGGGCAGCAGCACCGACCAGCACUGCACACGCGACCAACUGUUCUGCGGCAGGGAGUGAAGGGGCUCAACGGGGCAGAGAGCGCAUGGGCGGAGGGCGAGAGCAUGGGGAGGGCAGCAGAUGGGACGGCUGGGCAUGGGGAUGCGGGGGGAGGUGCUGUGAAGCUGCAGGGAGAGCAGCACCAGCCGACGCUGCCGAUAGAACUGCACAGGCCGGCACUGCACGGGGGACUGAUGGAACAGCAGCAUGGGGAGGAGAAUGCACACAGUGGGGCGGAUGGGGCAGCUUGGAGGCAAGGCGAGGCAGACGGGCAGAGAGGCGAGGAGGCAUGGGAGGCAGCGGGUGAGGGAGAAGUGGGCGUGGGGGACGGAGGGCGAGGGGGCGAGAGGAGUGGGUGGGAGGGCGGCAUGGGCGUGGGGAGAGAGGCCCACAGGGAGCAGCGCGUGGGUGGGCGCGGGGAGGCAGCAGAGGAGGCUGUGGUGGCGCGGGUAGAGGGGCCGGGGGAGGUGGCUGGUGGGGGGCGAGUGCAGGACAGCCCCGAUGGGUUUAGCAGUGGCGGUGAAAGUGGGCAUGGGGAUGGGGAUGCAGAUGGUGGGCAGGGGAUGACAGCGCACCGCAGCGCUUGGCACUCGCAGCAUACAGGGGAUGGCGAGAGGCUUGGGAGGGCAGAGACGAACGGGAGGGCAGAGACCAGCGGGAGGGCAGAGAGGGGUAGGGAAGAGCAGGGGCAGUGGGAAGGGAUGGGGAUGCAGGCAGAGCAGAGUGACAUGCGGCUUGCUGUGGGAGGGGGGGAGACAGGGGUGAUGGGACAGGGGCACCCCUACUACCACGUGCUGCCGUGUGCUACCACGUGCUGCCGUGUGCUACCACGUCGCGUGCUGCCUUGUGCUACCACGUGCUGCCAUGUACCCCAUUUCCUUCCCUCCCUUUUGCUUUCCCUCACCUCUCCGCCCACUUCUCAACUCCCUCCACCCCUCCUCGGCCCCCCUGUCCCACCCUUCGGCCCGCCACCAGGCACGCUGGAUAACUGGAACCCAAAGGACCCCACCCCCUGCUCCUGGACGGGCGUACAGUGCAACCCCUUCUCCCAGCAGGUGGUGGGGUUAGACCUAUCAGCAGCAUCCCUGCAGGGCGAUCUGGCCUUCCAGGACCCGCCUCUGGGAGCGCUCACAUCGCUGCAGCGCCUGCAGCUGGCCGACAACCUCUUUUCGGGCUCCAUCCCGGACUCUCUCUCUUCUAUCCGCAGCCUGCAGGUGCUAGAGCUAGCCAACAACGAUCUAGACGGCAUCAUCCCCCCCACGCUCUUCUCCAACGUGCCUUCCCUCGCCACCGUCGACUUGAGCCACAACGCCCUCUCGGGCCCGCUCCCCCAGGACGUCUCAGCCAUGCAGUCGCUGCUCUCGCUGGACGUCAGCGGUAACCGCCUCGAGGGACCACUGCCGGACAAUCUGUCGCAGCUGCGCCAGGUGUCGCAGUUAGUUCUUGAUGGCAACAAGGGACUCACUGGUGGUAACCGCCUUGAGGGACCGCUGCCGGACAAUCUGUCACAGCUGCGCCAGGUGUCGCAGCUGGUGCUGGAUGGCAACAAGCGGUGCUGUGCUGGGCUCACUGCCGUCACUGCAGGUGUCCGCCCUCUCCUCCCCGCUCACCUCCCCCCCGCCCCCUCCCGUUCCACCUCGUUUGCCCCCUCCUGUGCCCCACCCCGUGCCCCCUCCUGUGCCCCCACCCGUUCCUCCUCCCCGCCCCCCUCUUCCCCCUCCUCGCCCUCCUCCGCUCCCCCCUCCCCUCCCCCCUCCGCGUCCCCCUCCCCGCCCUCCUCCUCACCCCCCUCCUCUCCCUCCUCCUCCCUCGCCUCCCCCAUCCCCCCCACCUCUCCCCCCACCAAGUCCCCCAAGUCCCCCUCCGCACCCACCCCCUUCUCCCCCUCCCUCCCCUCCUCCCCCAAGCCCACCACCGCCCCAACCCCCCCAUCCCCUCCCCCUUCCCCCCCUCCCUCCCCUCCACCAUCUCCUCCCCCACCAUCCCCACCAUCACCCCCACCCCCUUCCCCACCUCCUCUCCCCCCAUCCCCUCCCCCGCCCCCAUCCCCCCCUCCAUCCCCCCCAUCUCCACCAUCCCCUCCUCCACCUCCCCCAUCUCCCCCUUCCCCCCCAUCCAUCUUCUCCCCCCCGCAACUCCUCAACCGCCUAGUCCUCCCAUCCAAUACCACUAAGCCCAUGCCAGUCAGUGCUAUAUUCGCAUUCUCUCUCUCUGCUGUGCUGGGAGCUUUACUCAUGGGCGUCUGGGGGGCGAUGGCAGGGGCGGCAGCGGGGAUAGCGGCCGGCAGGCAUUCGUCAGCAUCCCAGCAGCUUGUCACAAUGUUUAACGGGCAGACAAUGCAUGUGGACGAGCUCCGGGCAGCCACGGAAAAUUUUGGGCCCGGGCAGAUGAUGGUGGGCGGGGCGGGGCCGAGCGGGGCGGUGUCGUUUCUGGCUGAGAUGGCGGAUGGGGCGGCGGUUUUUGUUGCGAAGCAGCUGCCACCCCUGCCGGGGGGAGAUGCCGUCAACUUUGUGUUCGAGCCCCUUCUCUCUCUCAUCCUCCUAUCCCUCCUCUCCCCCUCCCACCAGCUGGCAUCACGCAAGUCGCUGCAGUGGCCGGUGCGCUUCCGCGUGGCCAUGGGGGUGGCGAGGGGCCUCGCCUUCCUGCACAGCGGGGCGGGCGGCGCGGGCGGCAUGGGCGGCGGGGCGAUGGCGCACGGGGCGGUGCACCCGGGGAACGUGCUGCUGGACGGCCGCAUGGAGCCAAAACUCGCCGACAUGGGCGUGGCGCGGAUUGCAUUCGACACGGAUGAUGUGCAAGUGGCCGAUGAGAUCAUGGGGUACACGCCGCCCGAGUACUCUGCCGGUCCCACCCCGCCAACCCCUGCUGGCGACGUCUACAGCUUCGGCGUGGUCCUUCUCGAGCUGCUCACAGCGCGCCCCCCAGUGGACCCGGCCUUCACAGACAACGGCACGGGCGACCUCAUAGGGUGGGUGAGGGCCACCAUGCAGGCGGGGCAGCCCGGGGAAGCGCUAGAUCCGCGCAUGGCGGACGCGGCGGAGAGUGGCGAUGAGAUGCUGCAGUUCCUCAAGGUGGCUCUGGUGUGUGUGGCGGAGGAUGCGGAUGAGCGACCGAUGAUGAGAGAGGUGGUGGAGAUGAUGCAUGGCAAUGAGAUGCUGCAGUUCCUCAAGGUGGCGCUGGUGUGUGUGGCGGAGGAUGGGGCGCCCGAUGAUGCGGGAGGUGGUGGAGAUGAUGGUGAGGGCCAGGGAGACCGUGGCUAA